AUGUCAAGCGUUACAAGUGAACAGACCAAGAAAACCAAGGUUAACUCUAUACUGCCAUUGGAUUGUAUAAUCGAGAUCUUGGAACACCUCGAAAAUGAUUCCAUAACACCUCAGACACUUUACUCAUGCCUUCUCGCUAAUCGUCAAAUGGCAAAACUCACGAUUCCACUGUUAUGGAGGUGCCCAUUUGGGUAUAAGAUCAAUGCACACAAGGCAUCCCACAUCUUCCAGACGUUGGUGAAAUGUCUAAAGGAUGACGAGAAACAGCGUUGGAUAGAUAUCGGCAUCAAGACACAGUCUAACUCAUCAUUACCAUUAUUUGACUAUCCUUCGUACAUUCGAAGUUUGAAUACUCACAACAUGCAAAGCUGCGUUUCAGAAUGGCUAGAGAUAUUUCAGGAUGUUAGUGAACCUUACAAAACCGAAAAGAUGGGUUUUACCAUUAAUCUUAUCGUUCAGCUCAUCUUUAGUCGUUCGAAAGGACUGGAGACACUAAGAUGGGAUCACGAUUUUAAUUACAAUUGCAAUGAGACCAAUGAUUUUCGAGGAAUAUACCCUAUAUUGAGAGAUAUUGAACAUUAUGAUGGAAUUGACCGAGCUCUCUCAAGUAUUAAAAUAUUUGAGACUCAGUGCUGGGAUGGCUUGGAUGAGGACUCCGGCAAGGUGUUAACGAACUAUAUUCGAACGAUAUCUCGCUAUGCUCGUAACGUCCACCACAUUGAAUUUGACGUUUACCUCAGACUCGUAAAUUACAAGCCACUGUGUGAGGCCUUGGCGCAUUUCGUAGAAUCGCAGGCGGCACUUCGUUCAAUAGAAUUGUUCGAAUGGUUGGAUCAUUCGCAUUCGUCGUCCGUUUACGACUCGCUCCGGACCCAAGCUCACUCAUUGACAUCCCUAAGAACCAAUAAUCUCCGAUUUUUUCACCGACUAUUGCCCGUUUUAAGUAAUUGUCCAAAUCUAAGGAUCUUGGGCAUAACCAAUUUUUACGAGAUCGAGAAUAUUAGUCCACUCAUGGAUUCCAUCCAGUCACUACCCCCCAUCCAUGUCACCCACCUGACGGCAAAUUUUCACACCCAUUAUGAAGCGAAUUGUUGGCAUUUCUCAUUGGUAGUUCAACUUCUUAUUCGAUUAUCAAGCAAACGUUUGGAGUUCAUAAAACUUGACUGCAUCGACGCGAAAAUCAUAGAAACCAUCAGCCAAUUCUGCCCAAGGAUUCCAUUUUUAUCGAUUCACGUCACCCUCAAAGAACUUCCCUCGCUAUGCACCAACCUCCCACUAUUGAACUCACUUCAUCAUUUAAUUCUUGUGAUAAAGUCGUCCACCCCUGAAUCCUUAACACAAUUAGCUCAAAGUUUUCCCGUCAGCUUAAAGCAUCUGGGAGUCAAGAUCACGAAGACUCCAGAAUUGUUGGGAUCCUUACUGGAGAAUGUUAAGGUUAAAAUGGAGACUUUGGAUUGUUACAAUAAGGUUAAUAACGAACUAAUUGAAAUCAUUGUAAAAUUUGCAAAGAGGAAUGGAAAAAUGAAGAAAUUAGGAGUGGAAGAUGGUAAAAUCACAUUUGAUGAUCACGGGUUGACGAAUGAAAUUAGUGAAGUAGUGUCAAGGUUCUUUGAAUUCGUUGGGGAACCAAGUAAUUCUGAGAUUUGUUAUAUACGUGAACAUGGGUACGAUGACGCGAAUGAUGACUUUGAAGAAUUUGAUUUAUCAUAA